UAAUAGAAGAUUAACACUGGUUAAUAUAUCGCGUAUUGUUAUUCAGUUGUUUGUAUCUUAUAAACAAAACUCCUACUCCAACACCAAAUUCCAUUAACUCUUGUGAGUAAUAUAAACAAGCUCACGGAGAAUAAGUGGCAGUGCACGCGUGCUUGUGUAUGUGUUCGUGUGUGUGUGCGUGCGUGCCUGUGCAUGUGCGCACACACGCUGUGUUUAGACUAAAAAAAGCAGAAAUGGCCCCUUAAAAUCCCCGGGUUUGCAAACGCACCGUUGGAGCCGUUCAGCACAACUCUACAGAUUGUGCCAAUCCGCUAGCGAGGAACUUGGCAGCGCGCUGGCUCCGUGCGGGGAGUCCACCAGGGUAAGACUUCGGUUGCUACGUUUCAAAUCACCGGGCUGCGGGAUGCCAUACAGGCCGGGAGCCCGCAAAGGUUCAAAGGCCAGGCCUGUGCAGGUCUACACUGGGCGAGCGCUGCAAACGUACUCGGUGUGCGCGGACGCGGCAGUAGGCAGGGGAACAUGGCGCGCUGGGGAGGGCUGCCCGCCGGUUAGCCGCCAGUGGGAGCGCGGGGCCUCAGUUUCCCCGUCCGCAGAGUGCUCGCCCCGCCCCUGGGGGCGGCCUCCGAAACUAGUUUGGUGUGCAGGGACCCGGCCCCCAGCCCUGCCUUUCGUGGCUUCCGCCGGCCGGGAGGUGUCAUCCUCUGCGCCUCACCGGAAGCUCCCGGACUGGCCGCAGGGAGGCGUCGGCACUGAGUAGAGGAGCUGUGGCCAUGAGCUGAGCAAAAUGCUGAAGCCUUCCAAACAUUUCACUUGGGCCAUGAGCCAUGCUACACUUUCACCUCUUGGUCAUCACAACAAUUGGAUGAAGUAAGACAAGGUGGAUACUCUGAUUUCCAUCCUAGGCUCCAAGGUUCCAUCACCCUGCCUUGCAUUCAUCGCUUCUGUGGUGGAAAAACACAGAACUUGAAGUCCCACAACUCUGGUUUGGAGCGUGCAUCUUGCUUCUCUAAGCUAUAUGUGGCUGCAGAAUUCCCAACAGGUUGUGAUGGAGUAACCAAGAGCCACUGUGACAAAGUGACUCCUACCUGAGGUCCCCCACAUGCAUUGAACAGAUGCGCUAAAGACCUUAGAACUUGAAUUUUUGGACCUGCCCCCUAGGACCCUGGGGAUUUCCACCAGGAAGGCGAGCACCCCUGCUGAAAAUUCACUGCUGCUCAGAGGUCCCAGGUAACAACACAAGUGGCCAGCUCUGGCCUCUCCACCAGUGAGCCCCUGAGGAAGCAGAGGAAGUCCGAGACAGCCUGCAGAUCUCAGACAAGAGAAACUCUGGGGUCUCUGAAAGUCUGUGACAGGGUUCUUUGACUGUGAUCUGCUCUCUUGCUCUUGUUCACUGUGAAAAAUGACUGGACACUCCUGAAGCCUUCACUCACCGUCCAGGGGAUUUUUUUUUCACCACAAAGGGUAAUUCCUGUUUCAUCCUUGCUGUGACUCAGCUGUGACGUUGAACUUCACAAGCCAGACAGAAGAUAAAGUCACUAGAGACUCCUGCUCACCAGAGAGGGUGGCCCAGGCCUGUCUCCCCACGCACUCCACAGAGCUGGUCCUCUGCCGGCCCUGCACCCUGGGAUGGCCUCCAACUCACCCAGCAGCCCCCGCCCCGCACCCGAUGAGAACGAGUUCCCCUUUGGAUUGCCCCCCACCAUCUGCCAGGACCCGCCAGAACCCAGAGCCCUCUGCUGCACAGACUGUCAGCCCGAGAACCUAAGGAACGGCGGCGAGGAUCAGAUCUGUGCCAAAUGCAGAGGGGACAGCCUCCAAUCUGAGAGUCCUGGAAGCCUUCUAACCCAGGAGAAGGUUCCCCCUGAUGUGGCCAAGGCUGGAAUUGGGUGUCCCUUUGCAGGUGUUGGCUGCUCCUUCAAGGGUAGCCCACCAUCCCUACAGGAACAUGAGGCCACCUCCCAGGCCACCCACCUGAACAUGCUUCUGGGGUUCAUGAAACAGUGGAAAGCUCAGGUGGGCUCAGUCACAGGUUCCGGACCCACAACACUGGAACGGAACCUGUCAGACCUGCAGCUACAGGCAGCUGUGGAAGUGGCAGGGGACCUGGAGGUGGAUUGCUACCGAGCCCCCUGCUCCGAGAGCCAGGAGGAGCUGGCCCUGCAGCACUUCAUGAAGGAGAAGCUGCUGGCCGAGCUGGAGGAGAAGCUGCGUGUGUUUGAGAACAUCGUUGCUGUCCUCAACAAGGAGGUGGAGGCCUCCCACCUGGCCUUGGCCACUUCCAUCCACCAGAGCCAGCUGGACCGUGAGCGCAUCCUGAGCUUGGAGCAGAGGGUGAUGGAGUUGCAGCAGACCCUGGCCCAGAAAGACCAGGCACUGGGAAAGCUGGAGCAAAGCUUGCGCCUCAUGGAGGAGGCUUCCUUCGAUGGCACCUUUGUGUGGAAGAUCACCAAUGUCACCAGGCGGUGCCAUGAGUCUGCUUGUGGCAGGACCAUCAGUCUCUUCUCCCCAGCUUUCUACACUGCCAAGUACGGAUACAAGUUGUGCCUGCGGCUCUACCUGAAUGGGGAUGGCACCGGCAAGAGGACCCACCUGUCACUGUUCAUCGUGAUCAUGAGAGGGGAGUACGAUGCUCUGUUGCCAUGGCCUUUCCGGAACAAGGUCACCUUCAUGCUGCUCGACCAGAACAACCGUGAGCAUGCCAUUGAUGCCUUCCGGCCUGACCUGAGCUCAGCAUCCUUCCAGCGGCCCCAGAGUGAAACCAACGUGGCCAGUGGCUGCCCACUCUUCUUCCCUCUCAACAAGCUGCAGUCGCCCAAACAUGCCUAUGUGAAGGACGACACCAUGUUCCUCAAGUGCAUCGUGGAGACCAACACUUAGGCCAGCUCUUGAGGGAGCCCCAACCCAGACUGGGGCUCAGCAGGGAGACUGAUUCCCUCCCAUUGUACUUACAAGCCCAGGAACAGGAUAGAUAGCUUGGCUGUGGUUGCUGGUAGGAUGACAGGAACUUGGGCUAGGCCAAAAGGGUAGAUGGUUCAGAAGGGGGCAGGGAGAAUUGCUCCCCUCAGCACAGACCACACAACAUGGGGUACCAGCGAGCCACUCAGUCUUGAAGAUUGGGGUAGAAAGACUGAGCCAGGCAGGGGUAGUGCCUGCCUAUAAUCUCAGUACUCUGGAAGGCUGAGGCAGAAGGAUCGUAAUUUCUGGCCCAGCCUGGGCUACUUAGUGACUUAGUGAGAUCCUGUCUCAAAAUUAAAACAAGAAAUAAAAAAGGGGACUGGGGAUGUACCUUGAAGGCUCCAGGUUCAAACUCCAAAUACUACCAAAAAAAAAAAAAAAAAUAGGGAGAGACUGGACUGGAUCUGAGCUAUAGGUGGUAAGCCAGAGCUUUGGGCCUGAGCAGAGAGGCUCUCAGGAUAGGAAGGUCUCUCCAGGGCCCCCGUGGAGACUUGUCAAGAAACGUACUGGCUCCUCCCUGCUGGACUCAGAACCAGGAUAGGAGAUGGAAGCAGGAGAUACCAGCAUGAAUUCAGCCCAUCCAGGCCUGUCACCGCUGCUGGAGGUGGACGUGCAAAUCUAGAGGAGUGCCAUGGGGAGCGACAUCAAAUUGGGCCCUGGAUUUAAAGACCUUAGGGCCAUACAGGGGCUCACCCCUCUGCCACCUUCCCUCACCUUCAGCAUCACAGGCAGCUGAGCUGGCACACAGGGCACCAUGCCCUGGGUCUGGAGGCUUCUUCUUCCAGAAGCCUCCAGAAGGAGUGUGAAGAAGGCCAGGGAAGGACCCACUUUUCCUGCCUUAAGGCCUACCCCUUGAGACUUUCCCAGAAUUCCAUGUCACCAAUUCACCAAGAUAUUCACUUCUUUCUGUUGAAUUAUCAGGGCCUCUGAGCCACCAGGGCAGAAGUUGUCCUUAUAAAUAUAUAAAACUAAAGAAUUUUUAAAGUC